CGCUCUCCUGUCUCCCUCCCUCGGCCCGCAGCCUCUGCUCCAGAUGAGGUGAUGGCAGCGUCCAACUUCGGCAAGAUCCAGAUCGGGAUUUACGUGGAGAUCAAGCGGAGCGAUGGCCGGAUACAUCAAGCAAUGGUAACAUCCUUAAAUGAAGAUAAUGAAAGUGUAACUGUUGAGUGGAUAGAAAAUGGAGACACAAAAGGCAAAGAGAUUGACCUGGAGAGCAUCUUUUCCCUUAACCCUGACCUUGUUCCUGAUGAAGAAAUUGAACCCAGUCCAGAAACACCUCCACCUCCAACAUCCUCAGCCAAAGUAAACAAAAUUGUAAAGAAUCGACGGACUGUGGCUUCUAUUAAGAAUGAUCCUCCACCAAGGGAUAAUAGAGUGGUUGGUUCUGCACGUGCACGGCCUAAUCAGCUUCCUGAGCAGUCUUCCUCAGCACAACAGAAUGGUAGUGUUUCAGAUAUAUCUCCAGUUCAAGCUGCAAAAAAGGAAUUUGGACCCCCUUCACGUAGAAAAUCAAAUUGUGUGAAAGAAGUGGAGAAGUUACAAGAAAAGCGAGAGAAAAGGAGACUACAGCAGCAAGAACUUAGAGAAAAACGAGCCCAGGAUGUUGAUGCUACAAAUCCAAAUUAUGAAAUUAUGUGCAUGAUCAGAGACUUUAGAGGAAGUUUGGAUUAUAGACCACUGACAACAGCAGAUCCUAUUGAUGAGCACAGAAUAUGUGUUUGUGUAAGGAAACGACCACUCAAUAAAAAAGAAACACAAAUGAAAGAUCUUGAUGUAAUCACAAUCCCCAGUAAAGAUGUUGUUAUGGUACAUGAACCAAAACAAAAAGUAGAUUUAACAAGGUACUUAGAAAACCAAACAUUUCGUUUUGAUUAUGCCUUUGAUGACUCAGCUCCUAAUGAAAUGGUUUACAGGUUUACAGCUAGACCUCUUGUGGAAACUAUAUUCGAAAGAGGAAUGGCUACAUGCUUUGCUUAUGGCCAAACUGGAAGUGGAAAAACACAUACUAUGGGUGGUGACUUUUCAGGAAAGAACCAAGAUUGUUCUAAAGGGAUUUAUGCACUAGCAGCUCGAGAUGUUUUCUUAAUGUUAAAGAAGCCAAACUAUAAGAAAUUAGAACUUCAAGUUUAUGCAACUUUCUUUGAAAUUUACAGUGGAAAAGUGUUCGAUUUACUAAACAGAAAAACAAAAUUAAGAGUGCUAGAAGAUGGCAAACAGCAAGUUCAGGUAGUUGGACUACAAGAAAGGGAAGUCAAAUGUGUUGAAGAUGUACUGAAACUUAUUGACAUAGGCAAUAGUUGCAGAACAUCCGGUCAAACAUCUGCUAAUGCCCAUUCGUCUCGAAGCCACGCAGUAUUUCAGAUUAUUCUUAGAAGGAAAGGAAAACUACAUGGCAAAUUUUCUCUUAUUGAUUUGGCUGGAAAUGAAAGAGGAGCUGAUACUUCAAGUGCAGACAGGCAAACUAGGCUUGAAGGUGCUGAAAUUAAUAAAAGCCUUUUAGCUCUUAAGGAGUGCAUCAGAGCCUUAGGUAGAAAUAAACCUCAUACUCCUUUCAGAGCAAGUAAACUCACUCAGGUGUUAAGAGACUCAUUCAUAGGUGAAAACUCACGUACCUGCAUGAUUGCCACAAUCUCUCCAGGCAUGGCAUCCUGUGAAAAUACUCUUAAUACAUUAAGAUACGCAAAUAGAGUAAAGGAGUUUGGAAUUAGUCCAUCAGACAUUCCCUUCUCACAGGGUAGUGGCAGUCGCCCUGAUCUCUCUCCUUCUUACGAGUAUGACGACUUUUCUCCUUCGAUUACCAGAGUGAAAGAAUUAACUGUGGAUCCAACUUCUGCUGGUGAUGUUCGUCCAAUAAUGCACCAUCCACCAAAUCAGAUUGAUGACUUGGAGACACAGUGGGGUGUGGGAAGUUCUCCUCAGAGAGAUGAUCUAAAACUUCUUUGUGAACAAAAUGAAGAAGAAGUUUCUCCACAGCUGUUUACUUUCCAUGAAGCUGUCUCACAAAUGGUAGAAAUGGAAGAGCAAGUGGUGGAGGAUCAUAGGGCAGUGUUCCAGGAAUCUAUUCGAUGGUUAGAAGAUGAAAAGGCUCUCCUUGAGAUGACUGAAGAAGUAGACUAUGAUGUAGAUUCAUAUGCAACACAACUUGAAGCUAUUCUUGAGCAAAAAAUAGACAUUUUAACUGAGCUACGGGAUAAAGUGAAAUCUUUUCGUGCAGCUCUACAAGAAGAAGAACAAGCCAGCAAGCAAAUCAACCCCAAGAGACCCCGCGCCCUUUAA